CUACAUUUUGUGGUUACGAAUUUCAAGUUCAUUUCAUCUGGUUCGCGUUGGUUUUUUCUUUAACAAAAAAUAAGUUCUAUAUUUUGUUAUUAAAUAAUGACACUGUAACAUAGGUCGUAGACAUUUUGAAAUAAUUUCAAAGAUUUGUUGUAGGUAAAAGCUCGUCAGCUGAUCAAAGACAAAGGUUGUAAAUAACCACAAUACUGGCCGGCUUACUAAGACAGGUUUGUAAAUUCAGCACCACAGCUGUCUCAAGUAUGAAGUACAUCCUCGUGACUGGAGGUGUGAUAAGUGGGAUUGGGAAAGGUGUGAUUGCCAGCAGUCUUGGAACAAUACUCAAAUCAUCAGGCGUCAGAGUGACAUCGAUCAAAAUAGAUCCGUACAUCAACAUUGAUGCUGGGACUUUUUCACCGUAUGAACAUGGUGAGGUGUUUGUUUUGAAUGAUGGUGGUGAAGUGGACCUUGACCUCGGAAACUACGAGCGCUUUCUUGAUGUCACCCUUCACCGUGACAACAACAUCACGACAGGGAAGAUCUAUCAGCAUGUCAUCAAUAAGGAAAGAAGGGGAGAUUACUUGGGCAAGACUGUGCAAGUGGUUCCCCACAUCACAGAUGCCAUCCAGGAGUGGGUUGAGAGAGUGGCCAAGGUGCCCGUUGACGGGGAUAAUUCUCCGCCAGACCUCUGCAUCAUUGAGUUGGGGGGCACUAUUGGUGAUAUAGAAGGCAUGCCAUUUGUUGAGGCCUUCAGGCAGUUCCAGUUUAGAGUAAAGAGAGAGAACUUCUGCCUUGUACAUGUCAGCCUGGUUCCACAGCCCAAGGCCACAGGUGAACAGAAGACCAAGCCAACACAGUCCAGUAUACGAGAGCUGCGGGGUCUAGGCCUGUCUCCGGACCUUAUUGUGUGCAGAUGCACCAACCCCAUUGACGACGCAGUCAGGGAGAAAGUCUCGCUAUUCUGUCAUGUGGAGCCGCAACAGGUGUUAAGCAUCCACGACCUGUCAUCCAUCUACCGCGUGCCCCUGUUGAUGGAGGAGCAGGGAGUGUCCCGGUACAUGAUCAAUCGUCUCCAGCUCCACCCACACAUCGCCAACAGGCCAAAACGCUUCAUGGCAGACUGGAAGGAGCUUGCUGACAGAUAUGACCGGCUGUUACGCGAGGUGACCAUUGCCUUGGUAGGGAAGUACACGAAGCUGGAGGACGCCUAUGCCUCGGUCAUCAAAGCCCUGCAGCACUCCGCCCUUGCCGUCAGUCAUAGGCUAAACCUGAGAUACAUAGCUGCCUCUGAUCUGGAGAUGGAGACCCUGUCACAAGACCCGGUCAGAUACCAUGAGGCCUGGCACCAGCUGGUCAGCGCUAAUGGUGUCCUGGUGCCUGGUGGUUUUGGUCAGAGAGGUAUCGAGGGCAAGAUACUGGCUGUUAACUGGGCUCGCACAAAGAAAGUACCAUUUCUAGGCAUAUGUCUGGGGUUGCAGUGUGCAGCCAUUGAGUUUGCCCGUAAUGUUCUCGAUAUGAAAGAUGCCAACUCGACAGAGUUCCACGCAACCACAAAAUACCCUGUGGUGAUUGAGAUGCCAGAGCACAAUACAGGCGUCAUGGGGGGCACAAUGAGACUGGGGCUCAGGAAAACAAUUUUCAACUCUGACAAAUGUAUUAUGAAGAAGCUGUAUGGUAAUGUACCCUUUGUUGAGGAAAGACAUAGACACAGAUAUGAGAUUAAUCCAACGUUUGUGGACAAGUAUGAAGCCAAGGGUAUGAAGUUUGUUGGGCGCAGUGAGGAUGGGGAACGUAUGGAGAUCUUGGAACUUGAAGGUCAUCCAUUCUUCGUUGGUGUGCAGUAUCACCCAGAAUACAUAUCUCGACCAAUGAAACCGUCCGCUCCGUAUUUUGGUUUCCUGCUGGCGUCAUGUGGCAAACUUCAGGGGUUCGCCAAUCGAGGCUUCCGCAAAUCUCCAAACAUGAACUACAGCGAAAGCUCAGAUUAUGAUGAUGAAGAAUUGAUCAAAAUCAACGAGUCAGUAUCUAAAGACGCGGAAGUGCUUGUUAAUGGACCUCUUUUCUCGGCAAGCAGCACUUCCACAUCUGAUUAAUAAUAACGGUUGUUUAGUGGAUGCAGAUCUAGACAUUUCUGUUCCUGUCGAAAUAUAAAUUUGGCAAUGACUGGAGCUCUAUAAGUAAAUGAUUUACCACCCGAUUUGAUGCAUUUAAAAAAAAGAGAUCUCAUUUUUUCAUAAUUCUCAUUUUGUCUUUUCAAUGUACAUCAUUGAAUGUACAUGAUAAUUGCACAGUACAGUUAUUUUCCGUUUCGAUCUUUUUUAUAUCUCAGCAUUAAUGCGUUACAAUAAGUAUAUAAUUGUUGUAUUGCAAUGUAUUUUUUUAUGCCCCCGGUAGGGUGGCAAAUAGAAGUUGAACUGUUAGUCCGUUUGUCUGUCUGUCUGUCUGUCUGUCUGUCUGUCUGUCUUCCAAAAACUUUAAUAUUGGCCAUAACUUUUGCAAUAUUGAAGAUAGCAACUUGAUAUUUGGCAUGCAUGUGUAUCUCAUGAAGCUGCACAGUUUGAGUGGUGAAAGGUCAAGGUCAUCCUUCGUCAAAAGUCAAAAAGUACAAUCCAAGGGAAGUAAUAAGCUUUAAAAGGGAGAUAAUUUCUAAAUCUGCUAAAUGAUAUAUUGAAAUUUAUUUCAAAGCAGUGCAAUAGGGGGCAUUGUGUUUCUGAAAAACACAUCUCUUGUUUUGCCCUUUUUUACACCUGUCUGUUUCUGUGUUAAUGUAGGACGUUUAAUGUCCGGCUCAUAAUUUUGUUGUACAUGAUCAGAUCUUGAAAUAAAUUGGCACAAAUUAUAAUCAAAUCAAGACUAUGUGUUGCAUGCAACAAACUGUAAUUUACUUCUAGACCAAGUUCACAGUGGACACUUAGAUUGUAUGAAUGUUCCUUAUAUGCAUGUUAAGAAAGUACAUUUUAGAGUCUAACCCAUAAGUUUCCUGUUCAUGAUUGGAUUUCAAAGUUAGUGAGACGACAUAUUGCAUGCAAAAAAAACAUGUCGCUUACAUCAAGGCCACAGUGGUUUUUAGCUUGGCUGUUUUCGGAGAAAACCCGAGGUAUUGUCAUAGCCAACUCGGCGUGUUGUCCGACGUCCCCGUCGUGCUAAAACCUUUACAUUUUGCUCUUAAAUCAAAGUGCUUCCACAUACAACUUUGAAACUUCAUAUGUAGAUGCACCUUGAUGAGUUAUACACGUCAUACCCAUUUUUGGGUCACUAGGUCAAAGGUCAAGGUCACUGUGACCUCUAAAAAAAAAAAGAAAAAAAAAAUUCUCAAGCUUUCAUUUGCUGUAUUCAAAACUUCACCCGCAGCCGAGCUUGGCACCCGUUACGCGGUGCUCUUGUUGAAUAUUCUGUUUAUGUAUAUAAUGAAUGUGUAUUUAGUGAAUGUACAUGUUUGUGUCAGGCCCAUGACUUUGUCGUCUAUGAUAGGUUUCCAACAUUAAUUGGCACACAUUAUAUCAAAUAAACCUGCUGCUUGCAACAACCAUUUCGCUUGCUUAAAAGUAAAAGUCGCAGUGGACACUUAUUGUUUGUGCAUAUUCCUUAUAGUGCCAAUAACGUUUAUCAUGCAUGAAGGGAUUUCGAUACAAAUGGGCACACAAUUCUUAUACAGUCUAUGGAUAAUGUGUUUGGUGAAACUCUUAUGUCUGUCGAUUAAAGGUCCAGGUUGCAUUGGACACAUAAAGUU